GGUAGGGCUAGCCAGGCCCAUGUAAGUGCCCCUCCCUUUAUACACCCCACACAAGCAGGUCAGAAUCCUUUGGCUUUUUCAGAGUUCUGACAGAGGUCUUCGAACCUUCCCUCCAGCACUUGUCACAUGUUGUGGCGCCCCUCCACGAUAGUUGACACCGAUAACAGCAACAUUAAGGGCCUAGAAGUCGUCGCGGCCGAAGGAAGGCAGCAGCUAGCCAGACCGACGAAUCCUGUACCACUCCUUCUUGCCGUUGUGCCCUGCGUGCAUGCGGAUGUUCCGUACUUUGGUAGGCAGCCAAUCAGCACCGUGUCUUUUGUUACAUUGCAUCCGGGGCUUGAUUCACUUUGGGGGGCCAUGUCUUCUAGGUUGAUGCUCCUCGCACGCCUGCUCCCCUCAAUUUGAUGCUCAAAGCCGCUCCAAAACACUCUUCCAUCGCCCGUAUAAGAGGUGAAGGGUACCAUUGUAGGGUUUAUUCAAUGUUGCGGACCCGCAGAUUCUAGAAAGACGCAUAUAUCGUCUCACAUGGUUCUAGCACAGAGGGUCUAUAUCAUCUCUCAUAAACUAUCGUCCACUUGUUUUGCCCACCUUGGCACCUUGUGAACUCUUCUGCUUCGGUAUCCUUUGCUGUGAAUCCCCUCUCUCAUUCUUUCCCCCCUGGGUGUCCCGUCCGUCAUCUACAGAAAAUGGCUAUCAAGCAAGUCAAGCUAGAGCCCCAGGCACCGUACCUGAACCUCAUCAACAAUGAGCUCACUUCCACGGCGCAGACACGCCACGGUGUGAACCCCUCAACAGAGGAGGCCCUCCCGGAGGUCCCCGUCUCGGGCGAGGCCGAGGUCGACCGCGCCGUCGCCGGGGCCAAGAAGGCCUUCCCCGCGUGGAGCACCCUCUCGUGGGACGAGCGCGCGGGCUACCUGCUGAAGCUCGCCGACGCCGUCGAGGCCAACCACGACUUCUUCCGCGACCUCGACAUGGCCGAGACGGGCAAGCCCCUCUCGACCUCGAGCUUCGAGCUGGCCCUCACCAUCGGCCACCUGCGCGACACGGCCAAGCUGCGCGUCCCGGACGAGGUCGUCGAGGACUCGGCCGAGCGCACAUGCCGCGUGCGGUACAGGCCCCUGGGGCCCUCCGCCGCCAUCGUGCCGUGGAACUGGCCGCUGCUCCUGGGCAUCGGCAAGAUCGGCCCGGCCGUGCUGGCCGGCAACACGGUGGUCGUCAAGCCGAGCCCGUAUGCGCCGUAUAUGCUCCUGCGGGUCGGCGAGCUUGCGGCAGAGAUCUUCCCGCCGGGCGUCGUCCAGGUGCUGAGCGGUGAUGAGAGCCUCGGCCCGCUGCUGACGCACCACCCUGAUAUCGCCAAGGUCAGCUUCACGGGCAGCACGGCGACGGGCCGGAAGGUCGGGGAGGUAUGUGGGCGCUUGCUGAAGCGGGUUACGCUGGAGCUUGGCGGCAACGAUGCAGCUAUCAUUUGUGAUGAUGCUGAUAUCGCCAAGGUCGUGCCACAGGUUGCUUUCCUCGCCUUGGUCGGCUCCGGACAGAUCUGCAUGAACAUCAAGAGAAUGUAUGUUCACGACAGUAUUUACGACAAAUUUCUCGCUGCUCUGACUGAGUUCGUUCGCAACAACUUGCCAUACGGCUCUGGUCAGGACGCGAAUGUGGCGCUAGGUCCUGUGCAGAAUAGCAUGCAGUAUGGCAAGGUGAAGAACCUAUUUGAGGAGGCCGAAAAGGAAAAGUGGACUAUUGCGCUUGGUGGCCUCAAGGAGCUGAGCGAGAAGCCCAACAAGGGACUGGUCCUCCCACCAACGAUUAUCGACAACCCGCCGGAAAGCUCUCGCAUCGUGACAGAGGAGCCCUUCGGGCCUAUCCUGCCUAUCCUGCGCUGGACGGACGAGGCGGACGUGAUCGCCCGUGCAAAUGCCUUUGACCAGGCGCUGGGCGCCUCGGUCUGGAGUAGCGAUGUUGCCAAGGCCACCAAGAUCGCCGAUCAGCUGGAGUCUGGCAGUGUCUGGGUGAACUCGCACUUCCAGGUAAGUGGCAACAUGCCUUUUGGGGGGCACAAAGCAAGCGGAAUCGGCAUGGACUGGGGCGUUGUUGGGCUUAAAGGCUGGUGCAACCCUCAGGGGUUCUGGGUGAUCAAGGGAUGAGAUUGCUUUUACAGAGAGGAAUAUCCCCCGCACGAGAAAUAAAUUACCUGGCUGGCUGCAGUAAGCGGGCAAUAAACAUGCUGUGAAACCGGGGAAUGUGGGAUGCUUACUGUGUACAUGCCGACUGCAGUCAGAGUAGUAAGUACCCAAGUAUUGAUCUACCCGGGGCUGGGAUUUAUUAGUCUGAAAACAAAUGUGACUGGGUGCUGGGAUCUUUGCUGGGUUGCAUACAUAUGUAGGAUGAUGACUACCUAGGUAUCGACCUGCAAACCGACAACAUGUGAAACUUGA